CCUUGUAACCUGCCUUGUUUCCGCAGAGGUAGAACGAGACGACGGAUACACCCUGAACUACCACAAUGAGUCCCUCGGCUUCUAGCUUCGCAAUUGCCCAAGCCGUGGGCCUUACGGGCGCCGCUUGGUUAUCCGGAAACAUCUUCUCCCUCAGUCUCAUGGGCAUGCCCCCCCUUAUCGAAACCCACCACACCGAAAAUAUCCCCCUCUCCAGCGUCGUCAAGCAAUGGCGCACCAUCUAUACGUAUGGCGCUCAGCGCGCCCCGUCCAUCGGCCUCUGUACCGCCGCCACCUUCUUCUAUCUGGCCUGGAGUGUGCGGGAGAGUACGCCAUUGAGCCUAAUCACCGCGCGCAACAGCUCCCAGGUCUACUGCCUCGCGGGGGCGUUGACGUUGGGGAUUGUGCCAUUCACUAUAGUGUUCAUGAAGAAGACCAAUGACCGGCUGACGCAGUGGGCCCAGCACCGGGCGGAAGAGGCCUGGACCGCGGAGGCGGACGCCGAGGUGGAAGGGUUGCUGUGGAAGUGGACGUGGUUGAACGCCGUCCGGUCGGUGUUCCCUCUGCUGGGCGGAUUGGUGGGGUUGGGUGUGUUUGCGUGAAUUUUUACAUGACAGUAUGACUUUUGAACGGGAUGGGUUCUCUAUCAUAUUUGAGAUGGGAUUUCUGGGUAGCAAAUCUCGAGCUUAAUUUCAGUUCAUUUUUGAAGAGAGAUGUGCGAAACUCUUGGUCGGCGGCGGCUCGGGUUGGUAAAAGCUUCAAGUUCGCGAUAAGGAGUGCUUUCUUGCUUUCUUGCUUAUCGGAGCCGAUAAGCUCCUGCUGCCUUGAUGCCUUGCCUUGGAAUUAGGUUUCGCGAAUAAUGAAUACUACUGGCUGUACCUCAUGGUGGCGGCAGCGCAACUGGGAGAGAGAAAAGUCUGGACCAACCUUCGAUGUGGUAAGUUUGGUGUUCUCUCAAGACUAGGUAGUGUCUGUAGUCAACUUCAUCUGCUGUUACUAAUGGCUCAUCCCGGUCAGAGCAUCUGGCAUUGUGGCAUGUAGAUAUAUCACGAGGUCCACGAUUUACUUACAAUGAUAUCCUCAAAUGCUUG